AUGUCUCUGAUGUGUCCCCUCCAGGGAGACGUCCCCUGGGACGAUAAGGAGUUCAGGAUGUACCUGCUGAGCGGAGCCGCGUUCUGGACGACCGUCACAUACUUCGUCUUCUUUAGGGACGGAGGACGAGAAGUCACCUGGAAGGACUUUGUCAACAACUACCUGACCAGAGGGGGGGUGGACCGGUUAGAGGUGGUCAACAAGCGGUACGUUAAAGUGGUCUUCUCUUCAGGAAAGGCGCCGGUGGACGGGUACGUGUGGUUCAACAUCGGCAGCGUGGACACGUUUGAGAGGAACCUGGAGACGGCCCAGUACGAACUCGGCAUCGAGGGAGAGAACCGUCUGCCGGUGGUUUAUUCCACCGAGAGCGAUGGGACUUUCCUACUGAGCAUGCUCCCCACGGUGCUGAUCAUUGGCUUCCUGCUGGUGAUGCUGCGGCGCGGGGGGGCGGGGCCGGGGGGGCGGCCCGGCCGCGGGAUGGGGGGGCUGUUCAGCGUCUCCGAGACAACCGCGAAGAUCCUGAAGGACGAGAUCGACGUCAAGUUCAAGGACGUGGCCGGCUGCGAGGAAGCCAAGAUGGAGAUCAUGGAGUUCGUCAACUUCCUGAAGAACCCCCGGCAGUACGAGGACCUGGGGGCCAAGAUACCCAAGGUACUGCUAAAUAUACUGCAUAAUAUACUACAUACACAUUAUCUGCCCCGGGAGCAGUUCCUGUACACGGCCGAGCAGCUGCUGGACCGCAUGUGCAUGACGCUGGGAGGCCGCGUCGCCGAGGAGAUCUUCUUCGGACGCAUCACCACGGGCGCCCAGGACGACCUGCGCAAGGUCACUCAGAGCGCCUACGCCCAGGUACCAUUAUAA